UGAAAUAUAUUAAAUCCAGUUCUUUACCUUUAUUCACAAGAUUUGUCGUUAAAAUCUUCCCCUUUUGCACUUUUCUCCGUGAUUCUGCUCUCUUUUAUGUUCAAGAAACUUCCUCAUAUCCCGUUUAUCUCAAAAAUAAUAUAUGCUUUAAAACUCAUCACUUGAAACCUCAGUUUGCAUAUUCUUGUUGUCAGUGGUUACGAUUGGCUCGAUUCUAUUUAUCUGACAUUUUUUAUUAGCCUUUUUGGAUUCUCUCUUUGCUUUGCUUUAAAGCUUUCUCCAAAAAAACCUAAUAAUCCGUGAUUAGAGCGAUUUUCGUCAGUUUUUAAAAAAUUCCAGGUUUAUUAUUCUUCUCUUAAUCACGGUAUUGGGAGAUUAGGCAAAACAAAACCAGAAAUUAAAGCAAGAUUCAUGCAGGUUAUCUGACGUUGUCGUCUCGACCAAGGUUUUGAGGUUGAAGAAGAAGCUGAAUCUGAAGUGAUUAGCGAUGAAUUCUCCGUUUAGUUCCAAGAAUCUAAGACUCUUUUCAAAAUCCAUCGCUUGCAAAUGCCUUGUUCUCGUUGGCAUUGCUCUGUUCUGCAAAGCUCUGUUUCUCUCUUACUCGCCCAGUAAUGCUCUGAACAGUAGUAGCUCCUUGUUUCGAGCCCGGUACAUGUCAGACUCCUCCUCAACAGACGGACUCAGAACCAACAAGUUCCUCGAGGUUCCUCAGAUCGUAUGGGGAUUAAACAACCAGAAGAUAGCUUUCGCAAGAGCCUGCUUGACGGCAAGAACGAUGAACAGAACACUUCUCAUGCCUAGUCUAAGCGCUUCCUUGUUCUACAAGGAAGUAGACAAGCUUCGUCCCAUCCCCUUCGAUAAAGUGUUCCAGUUCGAAAGAUUCAACUCUCUCUGCAACGGAUUCGUGCGGCUCGCUCGAUUCUCUGACGUUAGAAACAGAACGCAUUCGUUUGAUCUAGAGAAAGGUAGUGGAAGGAGAUGGACAGUGGAGAGAGACAUGGAACAGUUGAAACAAUCCGCACGUAACGGCUCCAUCGAUGAGUUUGAAGUGGUCCGUGUCACAGGGAAAAACCCUUUCUUGUGGCACGAUCACUGGCCUGUUGAGGACUAUGCUAAGGUCUUCGAGUGUAUGGUUGUGGUUGAUGAGAUCUCAAGAGAAGCAGAUAAAGUCGUGAUGAGAAUCAGACAAGCAGGGGGGAAUAGAAUCAUGACGGGUCUUGUCCCUUUUGUUGCGGUUCACAUGAGGAUAGAAAUAGAUUGGAUGAUACAUUGUAAGAAGCUAGAGCAAAGGCUAAAGGUUUCAGAGAUUUGCAGUAGCAAAAGAGAGAUCAUGGAGAGAGUAGGGAACAUAUCUGGUUUAAAGUCUCCCACAGUUCUUUACCUAGCAGUAGCUGAUAGUCUUUUGGAAGAGAAAGACAAAGAAUCAUCGGUCUUAAAUGGUUGGAGAGACGGUUUAGUACCUUUUGAGAAGAAGAAGCUUGGGGUUAAAGAGGAGGUUUAUGGGAAAUAUUCGUAUUUGAUACAGUCUGCUAUAGAUUACGAGGUGUGUUUAAGAGCUGAUGUGUUUGUUGGUAAUAGCUUUUCUACUUUCUCUAGUCUCAUUGUUCUUGAGAGGACUCAGAAGAUGAGAAGGUUAGGGUUUACUAGUUCUUGUGAAGAUGGUGAGAACGAGUGGAGAUCGUAUGCAUAUAAUCUUGCUGGAGAAUCAGAGAGAGUUCCAAGGAGAUGGAUGACUAAUAUGUCUCAUUCUAGCUUGGAAGCUAUUAGCUAUGGCUCUAGUUCUGUUUCUUGUUCAAGUGAGUGAAAGUUGACGCUUAAGAGUUAGGUUUUGGUAUUUUUAUACAAUUCUUUUAUUUUUUUUUGUGGUACAAAGUUGUGUAGAUGAUUAGAUCUUCUUUACAUCAUUUUGUUCUUCAAUUCUGUCUUCUACUAGUAGUUAU